AUGGAGAAACAACAAUAUCAGAAACCACAACAGCAAAGAUUGCGACAACAAAACCACCUAAAGAAGUCCCAACUGUACCCUCAACAACAUCUCCAGAAACCACAACCAAAUAUGCAGAAACAACAACAUCAGAAACCACAACAGCAAAGAUUGCGACAACAAAACCACCUAAAGAAAUCACCACUGGCCCAAUAA